AUGGAUUCUGCUUCCCAGUUUAAGGGAAGGUUUGAUAGCGGCCGGGGUAUUGAUGUUUUGAAUGGCAUAGCAUGGGAUCGCAACAAAAGCCGCAUAUUUGGCAAAAAUGUUUCCUACAUCAAAAAGAAGCUGUCUAAGCAUACUCCAUUUUUUGGGAUUCAAGUAUGGAUCUUGAUAAUCACUCUGAUUGCAUUAUUCUUGCUGAUCAUUCUCACCAUUCUUUACCUUUGCAUCAUCUUUCAUCGUCGCAAAAAAUCCUACAAACCUCGUUUUUUCCUUCCAAGAAAUCCCAUUUCUGCCAAGACUUAUCAAAACCACCAUUUCAGCACUUCAUCCCUGGAUAGUAGGCUUUUAUCCGCGUCUAACAACAUUUCAGAGAUUGAGAUGAAUCUUUCAAAGCCUGAGUUUCAAAUGAUGUUAUCUGAUCCUUGCUCUAUCAAGUCUAGUCUCGUCACUGACCUCGAAUCAACUGCCGGCCUCUCGGAGAGACAGUACGGUAACAGGUGUUCUCUGAAGGAGAUUGCAUUGGUAACUAAUGAUUUUUCAGGGGAGAACAUGAUUGCAAGCGGCGACAAUGGGAUGGUUUAUCGUGCUGUUUUGUUGGAUAAUAAGCGAGUAGCAGUGAAGAGGCUAAUAAUGAGUAACAGCCAAACAGAGAACUUCAUCAAAGAAGUAGAGGCAAUUGGGCUGGUAAGACACAAGAAUCUGGUGAAGCUGCUUGGUUACUGUGUUGAAGGAUAUAACAGGAUACUUGUGUAUGAAUACAUAGAUAAUGGCAAUCUGUAUCAGUGGCUUCAUGGAAGUCUAGGACAACUGAGGCCUCUAACGUGGGGAAUGCGGAUGAAUAUUAUUCAAGGAGUUGCAAAAGCGUUGGCCUACCUUCAUGAAGACAUUGAACCAAAGAUAAUUCAUCAAAAUCUAAAGUCUAGUAACAUACUGAUUGAUCACCAAUGGAAUCCUAAGAUCUCUGAUGUUGGAAUUGCUAAUCUUCAUGGUCCUGAGUGGAGUUCUUUAACAAAUUGUGCAAUGGGAAAGUCAGUUUAUGUAUGUCGAGAAUCUACCGGCAGUAUUUUGGAUGAGAAGAAUGAUGUUUAUAGCUUUGGAAUACUUAUCAUGGAGAUUGUAUCCGGAAGAGUAUCGGUAGAUCACACUCAACCCGAGGGUCAUUUGGUUGACUGGUUAAAGUCAAUGGUUGCAAAGCAGAAAAUUUCAUUUGUUGUGGAUCCUAAAUUGCCAGAAAUGCCUUCUACAAAAGAACUAAAACGGGUUAUUUUAAUUGCCCUGCGAUGCGUUGAUCCUGAAGUAAAACAUAGGCCGAAGAUGGGAGAUGUAGUUCACAUGCUUGAGCCACGCGACUUGCUCCUUAAUGUUGGGCCACAGAUUAAGAAAGCGGCUUCUUAUCAUAAGUACCCACAAGAGAGACAGCCUGUUAUCAAGUUGGGCAAUGAAAAUUCUAACACACAUGAAAGUGAAAGCAGCAGUAAUCGCUAUCAAAUGAAAAUUUGA